AUGGAUACCUUAACAAAAGCUCAGUUAAUGUUAGGUUUCCUUGCUAUAAAAAUUUCACUUAUUCCAUUAAUCAUUUUAAUUCAAGAAGACUUUAGCAUCAAUAAUUCUGUUUCCCACCUACUUAUGCCUUACAAAAUGCAGUUUUUUGUGUCAAACCCUCAGGCAAUGAACAAACCUACAGCAAAUAUUAGUAAUAAUGGUCUUGUACCAACCAAACUCUCAGUGUUCAAAGUGAAACUUCCUUGCACAAAUUUAUUAAAUGCUGAAGUUGAUGUAAAUAUUCAAAUGAAUAUAAGCAUUUUUUCUUCAUCAAAUUGGACGGGGUUGAAUUUUAAAAGGAGAAAAAUAUGCCGGAAAGACCCUACAAUCGGAUUACGCAGUGGCAGUUCCUACUCAUCUGACCCUCAUUCCUUUUUUGCUGCUCCAUCAGACUCUGAUAAAGUAAACAACAUCAAUUCUUCCACUUACCUGUUCUACAUUGCUGUCGGAUGUGCUUGUGUCAUCAUUCUUCUGAUCGCUCUUGCUGUCACCGCGUACUACCUCAACUCACAGAAAGCUAGCGCCAAAGGGUACGCAGACAAAAUGAGGUUUUCCAUGCUGGAGUGCACAGAUGGCCAAACUGAUAGGGUACCCAGCAACCAAGCAGCAAGUGAGCAGCUCAUAUCCUGUCCCCAGCACUGUGAGGUGUCUGUGGCUAAGACACCUGACUCUCAACAGCAGUUCAGUCCACCCAGCCCUAGUGACACAAGCAGCUCACAAGCACUCACUCAACAAAGCCAGACAUUCUUGCGAGCUGAUACUCCCAACAAUACUACAGGUUCUGGUCUUCCAAACUUCCGGCAUGGUAUCUGCAUACCCAUGGACACAAAAGGAACUGAUCCCCGACUUUUAUUAGAAGAAAUUUCAAUAGAAAGAAACCGAAUAACUCUAGGUGAAAUCUUGCUUGAAGGAACAUUUGGUCAAAUUUAUUGUGGUACAAUUAUCACAGAGGAUGAGAAAGGAGGGGAAUUUGAGCAAGAAGUAUUUAUCAAAACUAUCACAGACCAAGCACGUUCAGAUCAGACUCAAGUGUUCCUGCAAGAAUGCUGUAUGCUGAAAGGGCUUAUACAUGAAAACAUCAACCCAGUACUAGCAGCAUGCCUCACCCCACCUGAUCAACAACCCCUCAUAGUAUUUCAUGCCACCAGUGAAGGCAACCUAAAAAAGUUUUUACAGAAAUGCCGCAUGUCAGAAUGUGGUUCACAUUACGCUCUCAACACACAGCAGUUAGUCUACAUGGCAAUACAAAUAAUCCGAGGAGUCCAGUUUUUGCAUCGGAAAAAGAUAGUUCACAAAGAUUUGGCUACAAGAAAUUGUUUAGUCGACAGUGAUUUAGGUUUGAAAAUUACAGACAAUUCAUUAUCACGGGAUUUAUUCCCUAACGAUUACAAUUGCUUAGGGGACAAUGAAAACCGACCUGUAAAAUGGUUAUCCAUUGAAGCUCUCCUUACUCAUAGAUUCUCUCCUGCCAGUGAUGUGUGGGCUUUUGGUGUCACACUUUGGGAGUUGAUGACACUUGGGCAACAGCCAUACGCUGAUAUCGAUCCCUUUGAAAUGUCAGCAUACCUACAAGAAGGUUAUCGGAUAGCUCAACCUAUAAAUUGUCCCGAUGAAUUAUUCUCCGUGAUGGCUUGCUGCUGGGCAAUAUCUUUUGAAGAACGUCCAAAAUUCUCACAGCUCCUUGUUUGUCUUCAGGACUUUUAUACAGCUCUCGGUCGAUAUAUCUGAAGUAUAAAAAUAUAAACAAAAAAACUAUUAAAAAAAUGAAUAUAUAUACAUAUAUGUGUAUAUAU